AAUUUUGCAACAAAAGGAAAUCCUUCACUUGGGCUUUUCACGGGCACGUCCGCUGCCUCGUGGGGGAUGCGUAAGGACCGCUUGUUCAUCCCAGUGCCAAAACUCCAGUGUCCAAUCCCCUUCGCUGAUCCCGCAGCUCUCCCUGGGACCUUUAAAAGACCGCUGCGCACCACACAAACCACAAGCGCAUUCACUCCAGUCUGCGAACACUUACACAUCUCCAAGCAGCUCCUCAAUUCAGCUUGGCGAGCUUUUACGCAGUCUUUGACAUGGCUCUUCAAAGCACUAUUCUGCACCUGGCCCGCAAGAAUCUGCUCCAGGACUCCUGCAGGCAGCUUCUCGUCCAGACCCACGGGCUCCACAAGUCGGUGGCGAGCGGCUCUCUGGAGAUCGCGGCGCAUAGCCAGGCGGACCUGAAGGAGGAGAGCGCAGUGAGUCCGGCGGAGGAGGUGCAGAAAGCGGCGAGAGUCAAGAGCCUCAAGGAGAUGCCCGGACCCAGCACUGUCGCCAACCUCCUGGAGUUCUUCUACCGGGAUGGAUUCAGCCGCAUCCAUGAGAUCCAGAUGGAGCAUGCUCAGAAGUAUGGGAAGAUCUUCAAGUCUCGAUUUGGACCUCAGUUUGUCGUGUCCAUCGCUGAUAGAGACAUGGUGGCGCAGGUUCUCAGAAGUGAAAGUGCAACUCCUCAGAGAGGCAACAUGGAGUCCUGGAAGGAGUACAGAGAUUUGAGGGGAAGGUCCACGGGACUCAUCUCAGCCGAGGGUGAUGAGUGGCUGAAUAUGCGCAGUGUUCUGCGUCAGCUGAUUAUGCGUCCCCGAGAUGUGGCUGUUUUCUCUUCCGACGUUAACGAUGUGGUGGCUGACCUGGUGAAGAGAGUGAAGACACUGCGAAGCCAGCAGGAUGACAGCCAGACUGUCCUCAACAUUAAUGAUCUGUUCUUCAAAUAUGCCAUGGAAGGUGUUGCAACUAUUUUAUAUGAGACUCGUCUGGGCUGCUUGGAAAAUGAAAUUCCUAAGAUGAGUCAAGAGUACAUCACCGCAUUGCACCUCAUGUUCAGCUCCUUUAAGACCACCAUGUACGCCGGUGCCAUUCCCAAAUGGCUGCGGCCCAUCAUUCCCAAACCCUGGGAGGAAUUCUGCAGCUCAUGGGACGGCCUCUUUAAAUUCAGUCAAAUCCAUGUGGACAAGAGGCUUUCUGAGAUCAAAAAGCAGAUGGAGAGGAGCGAAGAGAUUAAAGGAGGGUUGCUGACUCACAUGCUGGUCACCAGAGAGAUGAAUCUAGAGGAGAUCUACGCAAACAUGACAGAAAUGCUCCUGGCUGGGGUGGACACGGUAGGAGAUACUUCAUUUGACCUGCCGGAAGCAAAUGUGCUAAUCCAGAUCUCUUCUCAUGGUGGUUCUCGACGUCAGGAAGCUCAGAGACUGGGCAGAGUGCUGCGAGCCAAGAAAGGAAUGGUUGCAGAAGAAUACAAUGCUUACUUCUACUCGCUCGUCUCUCAGGACACACAGGAAAUGGCUUAUUCCACCAAGAGACAGCGCUUCCUGGUGGACCAGGGAUACAGUUUCAAGGGUUUCAAGGCCAAAUACAUACGUUUAAUUACGCUGACUGGAAACGGUUGUUAA